UUCAGCCUUGAUGAGCGGAAGACACUCAAACCUCAGCAGUGUGUGUGUAGUUUGCAGUAACUGCGCUGGUCACUGAGGGUUUGCAGUAGAUCCUUCUGUGUGAUUGAACCGCGCUGGACUCAUGAUGUCAGCAGAGCCUGAUGUGCGUGUGGCUCCUGAACCCCUGCGGCUCGAUCCGGUCCGGACCGCAGAACUGGUCUGCCCCGAUCUGGACCUGUCUGUCCCUCUGACCCCGGAACGACCAGCAGACCGCCGCCAGCGCCAGGUGUGUUUUAAUGAUCCAGCCGUCAUCACAGCGAUCCCAGAACACAGAAAUCAACCCACAGCACACAAACCUCGACACAGAGACAAGCUCGCUCUGGUGACGGAGGGGGCGGAGCUAAACAGCACCCUGGCGCUGAGGGCGGAGCUUGAGGAAGUGGAGAGCCAGGUGUUUGAUCCUGAGAAAGCCGUGAAGGAGAAACUUCGGAGUUCAAGCCUCGCAAAGAGCCACAUCAGCAGCAGAGCAGCGGAGGGCCUGAAUGUCCCUCGCUCUCAGCUCCUGUAUCGGGCCUUAGUCAGCGUCAGCCUAUCACGCGAGCAGCUCAUCAGCCAGGCACUGCAGGAUAGGCCAGCACUGGCCCCGCCCCCCGCCACACUGACCAAUAAGUCUCAGCCACUAGAGGCUCCUGAUCUGCUGCAGUUCUACAGUCCUGACAAGAUGCUCAGAGAGACUCCGCUGUUGCCUGGCGACCGCAUCCCUUUGCCCCGCCCACAGCCUGUGCCUAGACCCGCCCACACAACCUUUCACCUACAUCAUCGGCACAAACUCUGGGAGUCAUGAACUGUGUGUGUGUGAGACUCAUUUUGUAAGUUUAAUGUAUAUUAAUGUAUUGUUUUUUAGCUUAAUGUGAAUUAAUAUAAUAGCAAUAAAUCUGUGAUUAUUUAAAUAUGAUAUUGGCAGUGAGUGAAUGGACAAACGCACUCUUGCUGGAAGAAAUCUCCUGCACAGCAGCUUAACGUUCUCAUUACUCAUUAAAACAAUCAAUCCACAAAUUAAUUAGCUUGAGUCAACAAGAGCACAGACAUCAUGAGCUGAUUUCCUCGCAAUCCCAGGAGAAACUCUUUUAUAAUUCAC